UUGAUGUUUUCCUGACUGUCUCACCAACAACUGAAGAACCUACUGACAGCACCAGCAACCCUUUGACGAAGGAUUCAUCUACGAGUGUCGGAAGUCCAAGAAUACCGUUGACUCUUUCCAGACUUUAUCUCGAAAGACAUGUCUUCCAGAUCGCCUUCUCCUGAGCCCAGUAGGCGAGACGAGUCCCAGGGAAGGAGAGAAUCAUCACCACGUGGCGACCGCGUGCAUCACCACGACGAAUCUGACCCCACCGCGACCUAUAGCACCUCCCGGCACAGCAGAACAAAGUACGCAGAGGGUUCCUCGCAUCACCACAAGACCCACGGCCGCCACAGAAAACACUCUGACUCCUCUUCCUCCUCACACUCGAGGAGACACUCAAGACAAUCUCACUCGCAGUCUAAAUCACCUCCAGCCACUUCUUCCAGUAGGCGACGGCAUGCGGGUAGAUCAAGGUCCAGAUCGCCUCAAGAGGAGGUGGCGGGCUCCAAUAGGAGAUCUUGCUCUAGAUCCAGGUCGGGUUCGCCACCAGGUCACAGCAGUAGGAGGACACACUCGAAGAGAUCUCGCUCCAAGUCGCCGGCAGUUUCAUUGUCUUCUUCGUCGUCUCAGCGAAGGCGAGAGCACGGGUCGCGGAGGUCUCACUCUCGCUCUAGAUCAAGAUCUCCCCCUUCUCGACACACGAGGGAGCAUUCCAGGAGGUCACGUUCAAGAUCUCACUCACCACCGGCGACGUCAGGGUACUGGAAAAAAUCCUGGGACAACCAGCAUCAUCGCGGGCGGCACUCUUCGUUGCGGGGGAGUAGAGGGUACAGAGGCCGCGGGGGCUACUACAAAGCGAGGGACCGAAUGUCCACUCCUGUGGUGUCCUCCACACCGAUCGCACCUGGGAACAAGGACUCGUCACAAUCCCCGCACCCUCUCUUUGCACUGCCUCUUGUCCACAGAGAACCCGACCCAAACGCAGAGAAACUGACUCCAGAAGCAAAGCUAGAGCGAGCGCUAGCUGCAGCACAGGCCGUGAGGAACAAAAUGCCUCAACCGUUAGUUUCCACGCUCUCUGCGACUCCUUCCACGGUAGCGGUGUCCAACAACCCACUGUUGAAGGCGCCGAUUCUCCCGCAAAAGAAGAAACUGGUGUGGAACAAGAAGGUGUCUAGUCCUAGUCAGUGGGAGGGGGUAUCGCUUGGGGAGGAAGGAGAAGGCAACAGCGAGGCUCAGGCAAAGUUCAGGCGACUCAUGGGGAUCGGUAAGGGGGCGUCUUCGUCGACUUCUCAACCGACUGAGUCACCACCGUCGGGACAGAAUGAGAUGAAGGAAAAGCAUGAGAAACUUCGGAGGGACUUGGAGCAGCAGUACGAGGCGUCUCGCUACAUGACUCACCUGGCAAAGGGCAGUGGGCUGGGCUUCGGGUUCAGUUCCAGCUCUUCCUAAUCCUAGACCAGGUCACUUGCCGUUUUUCCGCCGCCCUUUUGGAUUUUUCUGCCAAGCAUAUGUAAUCCACCCUGAAUCUGUGUUAUUCUGUGCGUGUUUGUAUGACUAUGAGUUGAGUUCAGAGCUUUAAUGUUUGACCUUUCAACCUCAACUGGUAUUUGGAGGACCACACCUCCAAAUUUAAAAUGUCACCCCAGUCGCGUUGCGUACAUAGUUUAUAUGGCACCGUAGCAGUGUAUAGCAGCAGCUUAGAGGCAGAGAAACGGAGGUGCAGACUCCAGACGAGAGAUGCCCACACAGUAAAAACCACUGCUCUGAGCGAGGCUUUGCGGCGCGGGGAUCGAGCCCCGGCAGAGACGAGCUGAACGUUGCACGAGGUGGUGUACUGAGGCCCGAGAGUGCGUGUGAUGGCCGUUGAUUCUGGAGAAAAGGAUAAGGAGUCUCUCUCUCUGACGCAGCAGUUGUUAGCGGCAGUAGACGAAGGAGACCUAGCGAAGGUCCGCAGACUAGCACAGACUCCCCAAAUAUCCAUCGUGGGAACAAACAAGCAUGGAGAGUCGUCCCUGCAUAUAGCAGCAGGCUAUGGUCGACUGAGUAUCGUCAAACUCCUACUGAAGUAUGGUGCAGCCAUUGACCUCCAAGACAAGCAAGGAGACAGUCCACUGUACUGGGCAGCACGGCACGGCCACCUCAAUGUGGUCCAGUUUCUCUAUGAGCAAGGAGCUACUCUGGACCUCCAAGACAAGUCAGGGGAGACGGCUCUACAUGUGAGUGCUCGCUACGGCCACCCGGAGGUCCUGGCAUUCCUCUGUCACUCUGGAGCCACUCUCAACAUACAGGACAAGGAUGGAGACACACCCCUGUUGUGCGGCUGUUGGCAUGGCUACAGGAGAGUCGUGGAGUGCCUCGCCCGGGCGGGGUGUCUCCUGCAAUUAGCCAACCACGAGGGAGAGACGGCACUCCACGUGGCGGCCGUGAGGGGAAACCACGGCAUCGUCCAGUUUCUUGUCGAAAACGGAGUCAACCUCAAUGCCACCGACAAUAAUGGCAGUUCUGCGCUCCACCUGGCCACGCGGAGGAACAACCUGGACAUAGUCCAAUACCUCAGUCAGAAAGGGGUUAAUGUCAACCUUCAAGACUGUAAUGGAGACACAGCGAUGCACGAUGCCUGCAGACAAGGUCAACUAUCUCUGUUCCACACGCUCUAUGCCGCCAACAGUGAUCUUAACGUGGCUAACACUAACGGAGCAACUCCUCUCCACCUGGCUGCCAAGUACGGCCACUCUGAGUUGGUGAGGUGCCUCUGCUCUGCGGGGUGCGACCUGGAGGCAGUCACGGAGCACGGGUUCACUGCCGACGAGGUGGCGGCUAACUCCGGACACGACACAGCUCGCAACUCUCAUCCACCACCUCAGACAGAUCUGAGGGAGUACUAUGUCACGGAGCUGGUCCAGAGCCAGUGCCCGCUGGACAGAGCCAAACUGCUGGUGUGCGGCGGGCCAGGGGUGGGCAAGACGGAACUCAUCAACUCACUCAAGUGCAACGUUCUCCGCAGCCUUUUCCGCCGACGAUCAAACUCCAACUUUCAGCAGAUGAUUCUCAGACGCACGCACGGGAUGUCGGUCCAACAGGCAACCGUCCCGAACGUCGGCCUCUUUAGCAUCUGGGAUUUCUCCGGGUUGAAGGAGUUUUACGUCGCCCACGAGAACUUUCUCGGCGGGUCAAACGGCGUGUUUCUACUGAUGUGCAGUCUGCGUGACUCUGUCGGGAAGCAGCUGGCGCAGAUGAGGUUCUGGCUGGCCAUGAUCAAGGCGAGGACCAGACCGGGGGAGAUCGCGACGAGACCGGUCGCCCGUCGUCCGUUUGUGGUCCUCGUGGGGAGCUUUGCGGACCAGGAGAACCCCAUGCAGGGUCGCGGGAGUCUGAACGACGACGACGAAGACGACGUGUUUGCUGUACCGCAUCCCCCCAGCGCGGGGUGCCCCCUGGAUAACGGGAGGAGCGUACUCGAGAAACUGUCGCAAGAGUUUGGGGAUAGCUUCGACUUUUCCAACACUGUUUUUGCCGUAGACUGUCGCCUCUCGCAGAGUGCAGAGAUGAGAUCGCUGCGCUCACUCCUCAAAUCUCUACACACCAACAUCAUAAAGGAGCAGCCGUUGGUUCCAAAGCUGGUGUACACGCUGUGUCAGAGUUUGCCUGGCUGGAGAAGAGAGCACGCGGACCUGCCCGCCCUCUCCUGGACCAAUUUCCACGCCAAGACUCGCGACCUCGUCAACCCUCUGGUGUCGGAGGGGGAGAUGAAGACAGUGGCCUCUGCUCUGCACGACAUGGGGGAGAUUGUCUUCAUUAAUGAGGGUCUCCUCACGAACCUGGUGAUCCUGGACCCCGCCUGGCUCGGGCGGGACAUCCUGGGCCCCGCCCUCACCCCCGAUAAGUCCCUCCGCCCCCACCUUAACGACAAAUCAGUCACCGGACGAGUCACCCUCUCUGACAUGCAGAGUCUCUACGGAGAAUUAGACUCGGUAUCAGUCGCUCGAAUCUUCCAACACUUUGAGCUGUGUUCCUGCAGCGAGGAGACGACGUACGAAUUUCCCUGCCUCAUGAGGAUGGAGCCGCUGUACGGACUGUGGGUGAAAGAUCCGAACUUUUCCAUCUAUGCCGGGCUGUAUUUGGAAUGCUGCGACACUACGGAUAUAUUCUCGCCAGGUCUCUUUCCCCGACUGCAGGUUCUUGCUAGGAAGGGGUUUGGGGACGACGUAAGCGAACGGGAGUUGACUCUCUGGACGGACGGCCUCAAGUGCUCGCAGGGAGACGCGGAGGCACUCGUGGAGAUGAAGGAGCCAAACAAGAGAAUUUCGAUCGCCGUCCGAGGUGGAAAGACGGCCGGACACGAGUGCCGGUCAAUGCUACAGCAGUUCUACAAACUGGUCUUGGACACGGUCCAGGCUUACAAUCCGGGGGCUCGUACGACCGUGAGUCUACUGAGCCCGAGACACCUCGGGGAGCACGUGAAAAACCCCGUCACCUACUCCGCAGUCCAGAUUUUCGAUGCAGAGAGAGAGGGAGAGAAGUUGAGGGACGAGGAGCAUGGCGCUCCGGAGGAGAGCGUUCUUGACGUUGUGUGCUGCGGUUGCGAAGAUCUCCUAAUCACGGCUCGUUCGGCUCCCUACACUCUCUGGAGAGACGUGUCUCAACAGUCUCGGGCUCAGGUGUGUCGGAUGCUCGAUCCGGACCACCCGUUUGGCCGGGACUGGUGUCUCCUGGCGCUCCAGCUCGGCCUGACGGAGGAAGUUGCCACCAUCGACCAAUCAAACGACGGACGCAGCUCCACGGACAAACUCCUCAGCACGUGGGACCGACUGGAGAAUGGUACCAUAGUGAAUAUCGUGGACGGUCUCAGGGGAAUAGGGAGAGGCGACGUGGCCAGCGUUGUCAUUAACGGAAUAUCACCAUUUUCGAAUCCUGACAGCUCUGUCGUCAUCAACUUACCCUGUGUCACUCUCACCUCUUAUGUUUGUUGA